ACACACACACACACACACACACACAUCCAGAGAGCCGGAGCUGCCGCAAAGCCCCGUCCUCCAGGGCUUUUUAAACACCGUGUUUUCUUCACGCUCCAACAAUAUCAUCCAAUUGAAGCUCCGCAGCGCUAAACGCACUGAACCGACGGUCAUCGUGGGAACCGCGGCGACGAGCACAAACCGUCACGGCUGAAAGGAGGACAACGGACGGCGCCGUCAGAAAGAGAUAGAUACUGGGCUGCGGGUCACAGAGCUUAACCCCUAAUCUGCCGUCGCGCUGCUGCUGCUGUCGGGGGGGAAGGUAGCCGAAACGGGGAAGGCGUCGCGGUGAGAUGUGAGCGGACCGGGUCGGUGAUUCCGUUGUUUUCAAUGUGGUUGGGACUGCAGCCGUCGCAGCUAGCUCGGUACGGCCGCGUUGAUGCAGCAGGCUGUCGUGCUCAAAUCCACCGCCGGAUCUGGGAAGACAAUAGGUGAAAGAUACGCCGGUCCGGACUCCCAAGACAACGCGAAACCAGAGUCUGCAUCCGCUUGGGCUUCACCAGUGUCCGCGUGAGGAAUCGGGUUAGAGAGUGAAGUGACAGCCGGCAGGCAGCUGCAUCGGGAUGGCGGCCGUAGUGAACUAUUCUCCGCCCUGGUGGGUCAAUCUGCUCCACCGGUUGCCUCAUUUCAACAUCGAAUUUCAAAUGGUUAGCAGCGACUUCAGGCCGGAGGACUCUGAGUACCAGAAGUCUGUUUUGCUGCUCGGUGCCGUGGCUUUGCUGUGUUUGGGCCUGGACCUUCUCUUCCUCCUCUUCUACUCUUUCUGGCUUUGUUGCCGGCGACGCAAGAGUGACGACUCCUCACACUCCCAUACGCACUCCCAGCAGCCCAGUCCUGACUGCUGCUGCACUGCUUGGUGCGUUAUCAUCGCCACACUCGUCUGCAGCGCUGGCAUCGCUGUAGGAUUCUAUGGAAACGGGGAGUCGAGUGAUGGAGCCAGUCGUUUGGCAUACUCCCUCCGUCAUGCCAACCGCACCAUAUCUGGGGUGGAGAAACUGGUGUCAGACAGUGCCAUAGCCUUAAACCAGACAGUGGAGGAGAGCUUGGUCCAAUUAGAAACAGCCUUUCAGGAGCAGACGGACUACGUGUCCAUCGUCCAAAAGCUGCAGGGACAGCUGGACGAGCUGGUGAGGCUGAUGGUUGAUGUUCCCUUCUGGUCCAAUACUGACAUCUCCCUGGAGGACUUGGCCCGCAAGACAGAGACUUUUGACUUUUACAGGUGGUUGGGGUACCUUGGCCUGCUGCUGUUUGACGUACUCAUUUGUCUUCUGGUGCUCUUUGGUCUGAUACGCAACUCGAGAGGAACGCUGAUUGGAGUAUGCCUGCUUGGGGUACUGACUCUGAUAAUCAGCUGGGGGUCUCUGGGCCUGGAACUGGCUGUCGCUGCUUCAGCCAGCGACUUCUGCGUUUCUCCGGAUACAUACAUCACCAGGGUAACCAAGGAAAACGCUGUCAUCAACCAAGAUAUCCUGCAGUACUACCUGAGUUGCAGCUCUGGACAGAUUAACCCAUUCCAGCAGAGGCUGUCAGGGAGUCACAAAGCAUUGGUGGAGAUGCAGGAUGAUGUGGCAGAGCUCCUGAGAUCAGCAACACGUGAUUAUGCCAGCACCAAGGGGAGUCUUGAGCAAAUCCAGUCUGUGCUGAAUUCUACUGAGGUUGGUCUUCACCAGCUGACUGCUCUGGUUGACUGUCGCAGCCUACACAUGGAUUACGUCCAAGCAUUGACCGGGCUGUGUUAUGACGGGGUGGAGGGUCUCAUCUACCUGGUUCUCUUCUCCUUUGUCACUGCUCUGAUGUUCUCCUCCAUUGUGUGCAGUGUGCCACACACCUGGCCUGGCAAGAGGACGGAUGAGGAAGACGGAGAGGACGAGUCGGGUGCCUCCCGCGGCGGUGUGCACGAUAACCUGUACCGCGUUCACAUGCCCAGUCUCUACAGCUGUGGCUCCAGCUACGGUAGCGAAGCUAGCCUGCCCGCUACCGCCCACACUGUCAGCAAUGCCCCCGUCACUGAAUACAUGAGCCAGAACGCAAACUUUCAGAACCCUCGGUGUGAGAACACCCCCCUGAUUGGCAGGGAGUCCCCUCCACCCUCUUACACCUCCAGUAUGAGAGCAAAGUACCUGGCCACCAACCGACCAGACCAGAAUCGACGUUCCGUUCCCAACGACCAACUGGAUCCCGCUAGCCGGCCUCACCCUGCUGCCCGACCACAGUCCUCAGUCCACUAGAGACCAGUUCACUCCCAGUACUGCCUGAAUCCAGUUCUCACAGCCAACAGCAAGACCCAACACAGCGCUCACACCAGAGCUCACCCAGAGCUGAGUGCUUUUGAGCACCAACAGGACCCCACUUUGUCCAGGUCCACUGAAUUUCACCAUCACUGACCGGUUCACCAGAAACAACGCAGCAAGCCUGAACUCAUCGAUCAGGCUCCACAGCACAGGACAGCACUUUGAAGGUCAACUUCUGCAUCUCACAGUAAUCCAAAGUAAACCGUCAAAACCGAUCACUAUUUCUACUUGUCCUCUUCAUGCACGUUCCACCACUGCUGUGAUGGAUCAGCCCUCAUACCCACAAUGCAUAGCAACAAAAGCACCUCGCUGCCACAGUUUCUUCUAUUUUCCAACUGUCUCUUUCUCUGCUGGAGUCUGUACACUGCCUUCCAGUGGAGACAUCUACGCCGCUCUCAAAACUCAACCCCCCCGACGCUAUCACAUUCAGACCGCACACUCACACACAGACAAGUGCACACACAAAGCACACACACGCUGUACAGAGCUGUAAAUAGUGAUCAUGUGCUUUAUUCUGAUUUCAUAAAAAGUAGACUGUUGAAUCCUUUCUGGUCAUGUGGUGUGCUGCGUGUUUGUCAUGAAAAUUCUUGCUGUAUCUCUCAUACAAACACAAAUAGGCAGAUAGUCUAACUGAACACUCAUCUGUAUAAAUAAUAAGCCAGUGAAUCAGAAAGCCAUCUUUAGAUAGAAACUGAACUGUGUCAACACAUCCACAUUCUCUCUUUAGCUUAACAUUGUCGUCUAAGACUUGAAUCGUGAGCUCAAACAGCGCGUGUCCACGUCUCUUUCCGUAUUCGUUAAGGUGCACAUACAGUACAUGCAUCGAUUGAUGCAUUUUUGAACAUGAGCCAGGAAUUCUGUUUUGAAGUAACCGCUUCGAAUUAUGGGGAAAUGGAGUCAGAGACAGUGGACACAAGAAGGCUCAACCUGUGCCAAAAAACUGAAUAAUUAAAUGAGGGAUGCCUGAUUCUGUCCUACUGCCUCCGGUUGUGUCACAUGGAAUGCUUUCCUUCCGACUGACGCUUAAAGGGAACAGAAAAGACACUUGAAAAGGGAAGGAAUGGACUGAUAAUUGUGAGUACACAUUCGUAAGGUGCUAUGUAAAGCAGUCAAGGACCCAGAAGAUGAUCACGACUGUGGAGGGACGUUUUUUUGUUUUUUUUUUUUUUUUUUUACUUUCAUGUUUUUUUUCAUUCAGGGAUGUGAUCAGGAGUAUAAAAAGCAGUAAAAAUAGAACCAUCAUUACAGAAAGAAAAAUUAUGUCCCAAAACCUGGAGAAAAAAAAUCAUGUCCCUGAUUAAUAUUGUUACAUAGAAGUGUUCAAAAAUGCAGGACAGUGGGUGUUUUUAUUUAAAAUUUUUUUUUAUCAUAAGCUAACAUUCAGGAUGUGAUACUGUGACCAACUGUAGUAUUCUGUUCUAUUCUUCUAUACUGUUUCUUUCUUCCUGUGUUUUUUUGGGGUUUUUUUUGUUAAUUGUUGACCUGGGAUCAGCCUUUAGCCAUCAAUAGUGUUUUUUUUUUUCUUAAAAAAAAAAAAAAAAAAGAAAACCCACAAGCACAAAUUCUCUUUAAGGUGACUUUGUGAGCUGGAGAAGUAAACCUCACUGCCUGGGACACUGCCAGUGGCUUUUCCUCCCUCUCUGAAACUCUGUGUACAGUGUAUAAAAACAGUAGUCGUGAACCCGUGUGUGUGUGACAUCACUGCAGCGUGAUUGGCUAUUGCUCUAUCUCAGUGUUACUCUGUGUGAGUACAGUGAUCAAAUGUGUCUGACUGGCCACAAGCGAAAGCCAGCCUAUCUAGCCUGAGUCAUUUCUACGUUGACGCUACACACACUCACACACAAACACGCUUUACAGACACACACACACACACAUUUCAUACACACUGCAGUAUCAUAUAAAUCCCAUCUUUUCCCUACUUUUGUCCUGUUUACAUUCAUGUCUAGAGCUGUAGUAACUGCACGCCCUCCCACACUGAUAACCAUUUGCAUUAUGGGUGAUGUAGUAGGUAGUAAUCACAUUUCAGAGGAACCCCAGAAUCUGGUAGGUAACUGAACGAGCAGAGCCCUACCAUUCAAACACCAUUCCUGUACAGCAUUUUAAUAUCGUAUUAUUAAUCAAUGACCACUUCUCGUAUUAGCGAGACAAUCUUACAUGUGUGAUUCUACUAGGAAGGAAAUGUCCAUGUUAUGGUAACAAUGCUACCUAUGGUCUAGUACUUUACAGUGUUUUUUUGCACCAUUGAUGCAAACAAUGUUAAGAUCUGUGGGACUAGUCACUGUUAAAUGGCCUUUCAUAAUGUUUUUAAACUCUUACAACACUCUUCAUAUCACAUGUUUUUUUAUUUUUCUCUGUCUUGUAAAAAUCAGACUUUAAAGAUAAAAAUAAUAGCUAGCUGUUUUGUAGGAGAAUAAAGGCAAGAGCAGCGUUUUUCCUCUCUUAUUAAUGGUGAAUGACUCUCUGUCUUGCAAUGUUUUAAUAAAACUAUUCCAGUGUAGUCUGCACACCUGGCUUAAAGUCGUAUUUGAAGUUCUGCGCAAUGCUCUCUGAGAUUUGACCAAUCUGGUACAGUGUGUCUUAACGGAACAAAAGAGCCAAGCUCGUGUUUUAGACUUGAUAAUAUGUGUGUGUGUGGCAUUUACAGGAUUUUAAAUACACUUCUGCACAGAUGUGACAGACAAACAAUGUUUUCUAUGGCUGUUUUUAUUUUCUGAUGGUUUAACUAAGAUAUUAAUGAUAUACAUGUCGAAACUGUGGUAAUGAUAUCAUUCAGCCUGGAAUAAAUGUUUUAAAAAAAGAAAUUAAAGCAACUUUAACGUA